UCAGUAACAACGCCUCCAUAUAAACACAUACCCAUCCAUCACCACACCAUCACAUUGGAUUACGCGCAGCUUUACUUUCGUCCAGAGCCAACUAGUGGCCCCAUACCGCAGCAGUAUCAACAGUACCAGAAGUACCAACAGUAUCAGAAGUAUCAGCAUCAACCGUACCAGCAGAAGUAUUCACAGUAUCAGCAGUUGCCACAGCAUUACAACUACUACAACUACAACUACAAUCAUAAUUAUAAUAUCACCAGUUCACGUUCCACACCGACCCAUUCGCCCGCCCCCUCAUAUACACAUCUCCAUCAGCACUCGCAUCAUCAACAACAUCAUCUACAACAACAACAAUUACUUAUACAACAACAUCAAUUGCAACAACAGCAACUACAACUACAACAGCAGCAGCAGCAACAACAACAGAAGCAACAACUGCAGCAGCAGCAGCAGCAGCUGUCACAACAACAGGCACAACAAGCGUGCCAUUAUUAUACGGCGCCGCCGCCACCAACAACAACAACUAAGAGCAGUUCGAACCAUCACACGCCGACGCAUCACAGUUCAUCGUAUAGCGCAUACGGAUCGUACGGUUCAUACGGCGGUGGGACAUACGGCGGCGCUUAUCUCGGCACGAGUGGCAGCGAUAGCGGCGUAGGCGGUCUCACGCCCAUCGGACGCAACUAUCGUUGGUAUCACUCGAGUGGCAGCGGCGGUAGUGGCAGUGUUAGCGGUAGUGUUGGCAGCAAUUACCUUACUGCCGGCGCUCAUACAUACGGACGCACUUCGCCAGCGGCACUUGCACACGCGCGCCCAUUGCUCGCCUCCACAUCGACAGCGGCCAGCAGUUCGGUCGGUUGUGGUGUCGGCAGUAGCGCAUACGGUUUGGGACUUGGCCUGGGGCUGGGCCUUGAUCUCGACACCAGUGACUACGAUUACGAACGCGCGUCGCUACACUCUGGCGCUUACGCAUACAAAUCGUCGUCAUCGCGACGUGGCAGCAGUCUUGCUGCCGAUUAUCUAUUGGACGUUGCAGCACGUUGCAGCGUACCAUCGCCGGCACUCGAGGCCGAGCCGGAUACUGAUCUUGAACUCGAUCUUGAUCUCGAUCUCGACGUGGGCGUCGGCGUCGGUGUUGACGUUAACGACGUUGACCACAUUGGUCACGACAUUGGCUUGGGCCUUAACGUCGAGGAUCUUGAAGAUCUUGAUAUCCCGGUACCAGAACCGGAACCGGAACCAGAAACUGACGUACACGACGAACUUGUGCGCGCACUCGAACUUGAACUCGAUUUCGGGCUUGACUACAACACCACCACCACCAGCCAUCUCAAUUACGAUCUCGACAGCAGCACAGAACUCGUCGGACUCGACGAUAUCGAUAUUGACGAAGAAGAAGAGCCGAUACUAUCGCCUGUGCUCAAUCGGUCAUUGCGUCCAUUCACCUAUCCGGCGCUUACGAUCACAGCACCAGAGAAUAGUAUCGCAAGCGAAUCACCAAUACCAGUGGCGACACCGCCACCGACACCGACGGAUUUUCUCUAUCCGCAGUUGUCCGUACACAGCAACAAGACGUCACCACAACAGCAACAGCCACAGCUACAGCAGCAGCAACAACAAUACCAGCACCAAAUACAACACUACCACCAACGUACAACGACGACGCGUUUACCACAACACGACGACAGUUGCGAGGAGUUCAACAACAUUACCGACGAUCCGACGUCCUGCGUCGGCCAAAAUAGAAUGAUGGUUAGCCGUUUGUGGAACAGUUGUUUCCCCAAAUUCACGCCGGAGCAUGUGCACCGGCACAACUUCUACUUGUGUCAGUGGCAACGCAACACCCAAGUACGCAUAGUCUAUCUAUUUUAUCGCUGGCUAACGGCAAUUACCUGCCUAGCCGCACUCGUUUGCUCACUACUUGACAUCGGACGCACUGAAGAGCACUUCGAGAAUCACUAUGCGAAAUGGUGGAUCUACUUGACACAUUGGGGACUGCUCUUUUGUACGGUACAGGCGUGGCUGGCGGCGUGGAUUGUAACGCAGGGCAUGAUGGUGGAACGUGAAGAUUUCGAGGUUGUGCGUCAGGUGCGCAAGAGCCGCCUGCAUCAUAUCUACUGGGUGCUAUACACAUGUGCCACCGUCUAUUCGUUCAUCAUAACGAUGUGCUAUUGGCUAUUGGUGCAUGAUCCAGAAAUCCACAAAAUAGAUGCUUUAAAUAUAAUGGUGCAUGUGUUCAAUUCGGUGAUUAUGCUCAUCGAUUUAGCUAUUGUCGGACAUCCGAUUAAAUUGAGUCAUGUCUACUUUACGACCGGCAUCGGCUUGGCUUACGGCAUAUUUACGGGUAUUUAUUUCCUGGCUGGCGGCACAGAUAGAAAGAACAACGUCUACAUUUAUCCCAUGCUGGACUGGACCAAACCGGGCAAAGCCAUAAUUGUCACGGUUUGUGCCAUAAUCUUCGUGUUUGUAGUGCACUUCUGUUGCUAUCUGCUCUACCGUACGCGCGUCUGGCUCUUUACCAAACUGUGCAUACGCGGCGCGCACAACCGCGACGGCGACAUGGGCGAGGGAUUGCACGAUGAGUCGACGGCGCGUCUGGGCGGCGGCACCUCGCAGGAAUACUCGCAUCAACAGCAAUAUCCGAUAUUGCAUUCCGAGCAGCCGCGCGGCACGUAUCAUCAGCAUCAGCAUGGACAGCCACAGCCACAGCAACAACAACAAUAUCAGCAGCAGCAGCCACAACAACAACAACAACAGCAACAAUAUCAGUCUGGCGGAAAUGUACAAACAGUGGUCAUGGUAAGUGGCGGCGGAGGCAGCGGUGGUGGCGGAGGUGCCGGUACACAGCACACCACACCGCCUUACUAUCCGCAGUAUUCCGGCUAUCAGCAGCAGCCCGUUGUGGCGGGCGUGAAUGUCGGUGUGCUCAGCGCUGGUGGCUACUAUCAACCGGAAAACAAUAAUCAAAAUAAGCAACAGCAACAACAACACAAACAACAACAGCAGCAGCAGCAACAGCAACAGGCACAACAACAGCAGUCACAGCAGCAGCCGCAACACCAACAACAACAACUACAGCAACAGAAGCACUCCUCACCCGGCACUGGCAGCGCAUCCGGCUUAAGUCGCACCGUCGCCCACUUGGAUGCGGCACAGCGCGAACAAUUCCUGAAUCCAAACAAGAUUGUGGAAUAUAAAAUGUAAAGGCGUUGUACCCGGCACCGAUAUACGUUCCACUUGUCCAUGAAAUUCUUGGAGAAACACUGUGCGCAAUGUCAGGCGGCCAAGCGACGCGCCGAAGCCGAAGCGGAAGCGGAAGCGUAUGCCAAGGCGGAAGCACAAGCGGCCAUCGAAGCGGCGGAGAAGGCAGCAGCCGCAGCGCUCGAAGCAGCCGCCAAAGUCAAAUCGGAAUGCGCGAAAUGCUGUUGAGCCGACCGACCGUUGGCCGAGCGAUGGCUUUAUUGUGUUGUUGGCGUCUCACAGUGUGCCUGGGUUUUUUGUAACUAUUUGAGUGUGUGUUGUUGUAUGUGUGCGCACAUUGUUGGUGUUGGUGUUAGGUUCAAUUCAUUACUAUUAACAGACAGUGUUCACAGUGGCUCCGUUGUUAUGGUGUCGGGUAUUGUGUCGUUUGCAUUUAUGGUGAACGAAAUGCGAGCGCUAUCGGGGAACAGAAGACAAAUUUGAAAAAGAAAAGGAAGCAGAAAAAACUUGAAGAAAUAUGGAAGUAAAUUUUAUAUGAAUACAAAUGCGGUAUGGGGCCUAUGGUGGGUUUGCAUAAUUUUUAUAAACAAAUAAACGUACAAGUUAGUGUUAAUGUAGCAUGCCGAAGAGAGUUGUGGUUAUGGAGAGCAGAUGUUUAGAGACUUGUUUGCCGUUUCAUAUGUGUUCCUUUAAAAGCCGAGUUCGUAAUUGUAUCUUUUCUUAAUUACAUAUAAUAUAUAUUAUUUAGAAAUAUUAUUAAUUAUUUUUUGUUAGUAAUAAGUGAGAAAGUGGUAGCAGUAGAGCAGCAAGCGAGAAUUGAAGAGGAGUUAAAGGAAAAUGAAAAAUUUAAUUCAAUUGAUUUUAAAGAAAUUUAGUACAUUUUCGUAAUAAAAUCAUUUUAAUAUUUAAUUAGUUAAUUUUUUUUAUUUAAAUAAAUUUAUAGAAUUUCUGGAGAAACACGCAGAAGCUAAUUUAUUUAUAUAGAUUUAUAAAAUUAAUCAAAUUAGUAGCACAUAUCAGAAUUGUCAAUAGCAUAUUUUCUUAAGCGGCUAUACCAGUGUAACCCAUGAAAGAUUAUAUAUUCGUGAUUUUUUUUAGGAAAGUACUCGAUGGUAUGUUUCGAAGUUUUUUAAACGUAAUUCCAUAUAAUUUUUUUACAAAAAUAUUGAAAAAUAACGGAGUUAUAUGCUAUCUUCGGAGGUGCCAAAAAAAGUUCCCUAACUGCUGACAUGAUGCCGGCCGAAUGAAGCUGAAACAAAAAAAUUCAAAAAUGGUAUUAAAGUUGAAGAUAUGUCCUAUAUAAUGACCUACGAUUUUCGAAAAAUAUCAAAAAUUUACAAAACGUUGUUCUGAAAAAAUGUCGUUUUUUAAGGUAAAAAAAAUUUUAGAUUUUUUAAUUACAAUUUCAAACAAUCAAAAGGAUCGUAGGUCAUUGUAUAGUAAAUAUAUUCAAGAAUACUCAGUUUCAAUUUGUCGAUUGGUCAAUUUCUCGUUGAGUUUUGAUGUCGGCAAUUUUGAGAAAUAUCGUUUCGAGAAAAGCGCAUUUAAAGUUUCAACUAUAGAGAUUUAUACCUGCAAGCGGUCGCUCUUUAGAAUGCUGACAUUCAAAAACUAUUCAAUACAGGAUCUUACCGAUUUCACAGGAUAUUUUUGAAAGCAUAAACUAUCGAAUAAGCAAAAAAAAUCGUUUUUUUUUAAAGUGUCACACUGGUAUAGCUUCUAAAUUACCAUUUUAACGCUUACUUAAACAGUUAAAAAUUGUUUUCAGCAGUAGCAGUAUUUUAUUUAAUUUUAUUUUGAGGUUAUGAAAUUUUUUAGCUCACGUUCUUCUACUAAAGCUUAGUUAUAAAGAAUAUAAAAGUAAGAUGUCAAUUACACCUAUAAAUUAAGAAUAUUUCAAAAAUACUUGUUAAUAAUUAAUUAGUUAAAUAAAAUAUAUAUUAGGUCUACAACUUUGCUUCCACCAUUUUCCAAUAAACGUCACUAGGACCAAGCACUGGUCGAUUAAAUCGAUUAAAUCGUUUUAUAUCGAUCUUUGACAUUUGUGUCAACAUUAACCCAACAAAAUUUUGUAGAGAUCUGUUUGCAUCCCAAAUUUAUUCUCAACUGAAAAUGUCACUUUUCGAGCCGAAUUCUCGACAUUUGCGGAAGAUUUUGCUUUUCUUUUUUAAUAUUUUUAUUAUUAUUAAUUUCAUUUUUAAGAAAAGUGCGGCUGAGACUCAUCUCAUGCUUUCGGAUACGUACGGUGAGGCUGUCCAAAGUGAAAAAAACCUUAAAUUUACAAUAAAAAACGGCAGAAGCAAAGUUGUAGACCAAUAUUUAAAUUUUUUUCUUAAUUUUCAAAUAAUAUAAUUGUAUUAUAUAUACAUUUUUUUUAAAUGCUUUUGUUAAUAAUUAAUUAAUUAGCUAGUUAAAUGAAAUAUAUAUUUAAAAAAAAAUUGGUUUAAUAUUUUAAAUAAUGCUUCAUUAUUCUGUUUUAUAUUUUAAAUUAAAAAAAAAAACAAUCCAAAAUCAGUUGCAAUUUUUUUAAAACAUUCCAAAUGUAACGCAUUGCCUUAUACCUGAAAAAUGAGUUAAAAAUAGUUUAUUCCGUAUGUUUUAUGUAUUGAGUACAAUAAUUUAUGCAUAAAAUGCAAAAAUGAAUUAUAAAUUAUUGAAAAAAAUUAAAUAAUAUUUUACUAAAUACAACUUAGAUAUAAUAACAUUUAUUUUUUAGCAAAAAUAGCCAAUAUUUAGUAAAAUUACAAGAAAA